AUGUAUCGAGAAAAUAGAGCAACAGAUCCAACGCAACGUUGCUGCGUGCGUUGCAGAGACACUUUCUACAUAUUGGAUGAUGGAACUUACCAUUCGGAAACGUUAUGCCGUUUCCAUACUAAAAAACUGACAGCUGGAACGUAUGACUGCUGCUACGGCAAUUCUAUGUCUGAGGGAUGUACGUGGCAUUUCCAUGUUACAGCGGAACGAUCUCCCAGAGACGUGGAGUUUGUUAAAACACAAGAAAAGCAUGAGCUAAAUCGAAACCAGUCCCGCACAGUGUAUGCCCUAGAUUGUGAAAUGUGCUAUACCACGAGAGGCCUAGAAGUUGCGAAAAUAGGAAUAGUGGGCAUGGAUGGCUUAACGGUGUACGAAUCCUUUGUCCUACCAGAACAUCCGAUAUUGGAUUACAACACUGUAUACAGUGGGAUAACAGCCAAUGACCUGAGAGGUGUAUCAACUACAUUAGCUGAUGUGGAAACAUUUCUGUUAAAAUUGCUAAAUAAGAACAGCAUCCUUGUGGGUCAUGGCCUCGAGAAUGAUUUGAAGGUGAGCAUAUGGUUUCUAUGA